GAUUUCUGCUAUAACAUGAUCAGCUUCGCCUCCACUACUGGGAUCCUUGCGGCGAUCGCGCACACUGCUUCGUCCAAGUGCCUACUUGUCCACCUCCAUGGCGUUCCAUCGCAUGAUGGCAUCUCUCUCUAUGAGGAUCUCACCGAACACUCCCGCGAAGCAGUGCACGCAUACCUACGUGACAAGUUCGCCCCAGCACAGGCGUCGUUUGUGGCUCAGUUAACGUCCGCCACCGCUCGUGCCAACAUGACCAUGCCUCGUGCGUUUCCGUUGUGGAUUCAGAACACCGUGAUCUUGUACGACGUGGAGGACACCGUGGAGGCACUCGUCCACAAGAUGAACGGCAUCGCCACCGUUGUCGAGGAUGGGAUCGUCUACCUUCCCUCGAUGACUAGUACAUCUACAGCAUCCAUCCCCCGUCUUGAUGACAUGGAAUCGUCGUCUGUGCAAGACAAUGUCAAGGAUCUACAUGCCGACGAGGCAUGGAGCAAGGGGUGGACUGGCACUGGCGUCGUGAUCGCUAGCAUCGACUCGGGGGUGCGCUACACCCACAACGCCUUGCGCGGUUCGUAUCGAGGCACGCAGCAACGGGACGGGUCCGUGAACCACGACUAUGCGUUCUGGGUCCCAGUGUCUCAGAAUGCCACCGCCCUCACGCCAGACAACGCCGACCUCGUCGGACAUGGCACUCACACGAUGGGCUCGGCCGUGGGAAGCGGCGGCAUCGGCAUCGCUCCGAACGCCACAUGGAUCGCCGCGCGACCAUUCAACUGGGACGGCAGCGCCGCCCAAAGUGAUAUUUUGCUCGCGGGGCAAUGGGUAAUGUGCCCCACAACGUGGCAAGGAACCCAAGCCAAGUGCCAUUUGGGUGCUGACAUCGUAUCCAAUUCAUUCGGCGCCGACAGCUCCGUCCACUGGAUGGACCACAUCGUCCAAGCAUGGCGAGCUGCCCACAUCCUUCCGGUGUUUGCCAGUGGCAACGUAAACGGGUUCCAGUGUGGAUCUGUCAUGUGUCCAGGAUGUUUGCGUGAGGCGGUGGCCGUGGGGGCCCUCGUCGGCAGCAAGACGUUGUGGGGGGGGAGUGGCAAAGGUAUGUAUGAUAUGUAAAAUACUCACCCAGGAGCUUGCCACGUCAUUUCCCUAGGCCCUAGCCCCGUCGGGGGAGUGGUGAAGCCUGAUUUUGUGGCUCCGGGGGUAGCGAUUCGAUCUGCGUCGAGCUUGGGUGAUGCCAAGUUUAUGCGGUUAACUGGCACGUCCAUGGCGACUCCCCACGUGUCUGGGGCGGCGGCGCUCGUCCUCCAAGCUUGCCGAGCCACGACGCCAACUGGAUGCUCAGUGGACCAAGUGGUUAUGCAGCUCCAGCAGACGACCACAACGCAGUCGCUGCAUAAACCGAUUUUGGUGCCGUCUACUUGCGGUGGUACGCCGUACAAUCGCUUUCCAAACAAUAUUUACGGUUACGGGCUGCCAAAUGUGCUCAAAGCUACGAAUCCUUCUUCUUCCAGUGUAUACACUGCACGAGUAGCCGACGAGGGGGUCGUAGCUGUGACAGUAGCGUAGAACGUUAACCACCAAUGAACCAUCGACGUAAUAUCA